AUGGCCGUCAACAUGGAUCGGGAGGGCAAAGUGGGCUGUGCUUACUAUAGCGCCGUGGAUGAAACGCUGUUUCUUGAGGACGACAUAGCCAUGGGAGGCAUAGAGACUGUUGAAACCUUUCUCCUUCACCUGGAGCCAACCUCGGUUCUCAUUUCCAAUCGUGCAGCGGAUUCACUAGUUCAAUUUCUCGAACCAAACGCACAAAAGUUCGAUGAUGAUCAGACAUCACGUACAGACAAAGGCCCGUAUAUUCUACGCCACCUUGUUUCAGCACAGUUCAACUACGACACAGCGAGAGAGCUAUUAGCCAAUGUCGGCAUUUUCUCAGACGAAUCGCAAGAGCCCGAUCCCCUUCAGGUGCAGUCUGGAGAGGAAGAGCCUAUUCAAUGCAUUGGGUCUUCUCGCCAUAUCAACCUUGUGCGCCUGGCAAGAAUCAUCAAUUUGGAAAGCCAGCUUUCUGUAGGGUGCGCUGGGGCAGUUCUCACCGACCUCGAACGCCGAAGGGCAGUGGAGGAAGAGUCCGGCUCCGGUGAAGAAGGGAAGGUUCCGUUCCGGGUGAAACGUAUCAAGAUGAACCUUUCUACAGAUACCAUGCUGCUCGGCGCCGAUGCCCUGAUAUCUCUUAACAUUAUACGUCCGCAUCUUCAAGCCAUUCCUGGACUCCACGGGUCUAGCGACGAACCACGAGCCAAAGAAAACCUCUGUGUAGCGGACCUUCUGGCCUCGCUGGCAUCAACGACGCAGGGAAAGCAGAAAGUGCGCCAGAUGCUGCUGCGGCCAAGUCUCAACCUCGACGUGAUACAUCAACGCCAGUCGACGAUUCAUAUGAUGUUGGAUCCAGAGAAUGUUUCAAUCGUGAAGAGUAUGCGCAAACUGCUCAAGAGGUUGAAGAGUCCCAAGACACUGCUGCUCCACGUAAAGAAAGGCGUGGAUCGUGUAAGGGGCCAUCUGUCGCUCCGAAUGGGCGACUGGAAAGCUGUGGUUCGCUUUGCUACAGUUGCUGCCAACGUUCACCAGGCCGUGACCUCACUUGUCCGCACCUCGGGGCUUGAGAUCAUCUCCAAGAUCUGCGACACGAUUGAUCCUCGUCCGUUUCUUCUUCUUGCCGACAAAAUCAUGAGAACAUUUGACUUCGAGGCUUCCAAAGACAGCCAACGUACCAUCAUUUUGUCGGGUGCAAGCCCUGGACUGGAUCAGCUUAGGCAAGAGUUGGCGGAGGUCUGUGACAUGCUUCCUGAUAUCAGGGAUAACAUUGCGAGAGAUGCUCCCAGGUGGGCAAACAAACAUAUUCUACACUGCACCGUCAUGGAACAGUCGGGCUUUCUUAUCGGUGUUGCCAUCAAGCCAGAUACCGGCGUGGGGGUCUACUAUGGGCAUGACCUCCUCGAUGAUGAAUGGGAACUGGUCUUUGUGACCGAAGGAGUCGCCUAUUACAAGAACAAGCUGAUGCACGAUCUCGACUCACAAUAUGGCGACUUACCAUCCUACAUCACCGAAGAAGAAAUGCUUCUGGUCAUGGAGCUAUCUGGCCAUGUUCGAGAGCAGGAAAAGGCAAUCCUCGCCGCCUCGGAAAUAUACGGUGAACUUGACAGUCUGUCAGCAUUGGCCUCCGCGGCGGAAAAGUACAACUGGGUGGCACCUACGAUGACCACUUCCAACAUCAUCGACAUUAUCGACGGACGCCACCCCCUCCAAGAGUUGGUAGUUCCGUCAUUUAUACCCAACAAUUGUAGUUUGCGAGGUGGGUUUGGGAAAACCAAGCCACAUGGAAGCCUGGACGAAGACGAGUGCAUGGAAAGGGCUGAUGAGACCGCUUCUAUAUGCUCCACCAAGAACACACACGACCUGAACAUGAAUGACAGUUUUUGGUACAAUGACAGCCUCGUUGAUGAUGACGGGUAUAACCGCAUGUCCCUCGACCCGGACCAGGAAGAUAUGGGCGGUGAAGAAAAGGAAAACACCAUGGACGAAUUGGAAAACUAUCAAAGGACCGAAGCAAGCUUCAUGUGGCCUUCCCGAUCCAUAUCCUCCCCAGAGAUUGCAUUCAGCUGGCCAACUACACAAGCCCCAUCACGCCCCUCGACUUUGUCCCAACGCGCUUCUAGUACCGGGUUGUAUGGCUCCGAGGUAUCCGACGAGGAAGACUUUACGGUGUACGAAGGCAAGCCGUGUAUGUUAGUACUCACCGGCCCCAAUGAUUCAGGCAAGAGCGUCUACAUGAAACAGGUUGCGCUCAUUGUACAGCUGGCCCAUGUGGGGAGUUUUGUCCCUGCAGAGAGAGCCACAAUAGGUCUGACGGACCGCAUACUGACGAGAAUUCUGACGCGCGAGACAGUUCUCGACGACCAAAGUGCUUUUAUGAUCGAUAUAAAGCAGGCAGCUUUUGCGUUGAAUUUUGCCACAAAGAGGAGCUUACUUGUAGUCGACGAGUUUGGAAAGGGCACCACGGCAUCAAACGGCGCGGCUCUUCUCGCUUCAUAUCUGUCCCAUUUUAUCGAGCUUGGGAAAUCGCAGCAACCAAAGGUUCUUGCAGCAACGCACUUUCAUGAGGUGUUCGAAAAUGGCCUGCUCGAUGGCUACCAAGAAGACGACCUUGCUUUGGCGCACAUGGAUGUUCGUCUCAACCUGGGAGCAGAUGCGAUCGAGGACCAGGUCACAUACUUGCAUCGUCUCUUGCCGGGGCGGGGCCCAUCAAGUUUGGGAAUAAAGUGCGCCGAGAUACGAGGCAUACCGGCCCGCAUUCUGAAUCGAGCGGAUGAGAUUGUCGAGAUGUUGGAGGCUGGGGUCAGCUUGACGCAGGUGCCAGCAAGGCUCUCGGGUGAAGAGUUGCAAAGGCAGAUCGAGGCAACUUUUUUGACAAGGUGGCUUCUCGCGCUGCCUAGAGGUGUGUUGGAGAGAGCUAAGAACGGGGACCCGUCUAUUGAUGUGAGGGCCAUGUUGGAGCAGGCGAUGCGAGAUGCUAGGCAGGCGGCUCUUGAUGGUCUCGCAGAGUAUGUCGGUGAGGAUGACGGCCUCAGUGGUGAUUGUGAGAUGGAAGGCGAGGAAGAGGAUAUUGAGAUGGAAGAUGCCGGGGAGUCGUCGGAUUUUGACUGGUAA